UAGGCUGCCAGUCCACCAGAGCGGAGCGAGGCAGCGGAGCCGAGAAACGGACUAAUGCGGAGUGGAGUUGCGUACUGUGACUGUCCACCGGAGCGGAGCGAGGCUGCGGAGCGGAGUGAGGAAGUAAUGCGGAGCGGAGUUGCUGUGUUUUUCAAUAUGCGGAGCUAGGCAGCAAGUACGCGACGAGUGAUUUCGAGCUCCCGGCGUGGGGCGAUUGGUUUAAUUCUACGCGAAAUGUCAGUGAUAGCAGACAUGCCAUCGAAAAAGUUGAUACAUUAUUACCUUACAUUGCUUGAGGAAGAAGCGUUGGAGUCAGAAGAAGCCGAAAUACUUACCAUAUACCAUUUGAACAAUUCUAUGAGGAAACAUAGAUUUUGGUUAAGAAAUCAUAUCAAACAUCGUUCAGAACACAGUGAAUAUUUUACUUUUUUCCAAACAGCUGAUGAAGAAACUUUCGAAAAUUCUUAUAGAGUUUCAAGAUGUACUUUUUAUGAACUUCACUCCCUGAUUGAACCAUAUAUUCGGAAACAAGACACAAAUUACAGAAAUUCAAUUAGUAGCCGUGAAAGAUUAGCGGUGUGUUUAAAGUAUUUAGCAACCGGCCAGUCAUUUACAACGAUGGGAGAGAAUUUUAGAAUUGGAUUGAAAAGUGUAUCAAGAAUUGUUGAGGAGGUUUGUGAUGCUUUAUGGAAUAUAUUGCAACCUCUUGUCAUGUCACAACCAACAGAAAACGACUGGAAAGAAAUCGCAAAAGAUUUUGAUGAACUAUGGCAAUUUAAAAAUUGUAUAGGUGCUCUUGAUGGCAAGCACGUAUAUAUCAAGGCUCCCUCGAAAACCGGGUCCUCGUUUUUCAACUACAAAAAGAGAUUUUCUGUAGUAUUGAUGUGUUUAGCUGAUGCCAAAAGGAAAAUCAUAAUGGCUGAUGUGGGAUCUAUGGGAAGAUUUUCUGAUGCAGGAAUUUUUGAUAACAGCAUUUUCGGAAAGAGUCUAAAAGAAAAGAGAUUGAAUUUACCUCAGCCGGUACCAUUUUAUCAAGGUGGAGCAAAAAUGCCGUUCGUAUUUAUAGGAGACGAAGCUUUUCCAUUAAUGGAAAAUUUUAUGAGGCCUUACCCACGUGAUGGACUUAACGCAGAAAAAAAAAUUUUUAAUUACCGAUUAUCAAGAGCACGUCGUAUUGUUGAGGCAACUUUCGGUGUAUUGACGAGAAAGUGGUACGUGUAUCAUAAAGAUUUUGAAUGCAAAAUAGAAACAGUUGACAAGGUAAUAAAAGCAACAUGUGUUUUGCACAAUUAUUUAAUUCAAAGACAACCUAAUUAUAUAAACAAUAUUGAAAAUAACAUGGAGCAAUCAUUAUUAUCAGUUGGUGAUAUUAUAGAAACACAACAUUCUAGUAACGAUGGUUAUCAAGUUCGUGAAAUGUAUUGUUCAUACUUUAAUAAUCAGGGGAAGGUACCAUGGCAAGAUACUCGAAUUUUGAAAAGAAUCUAUAAUAGUCAGUGAUGUGAGACAGAUAUAGAUAAUUUGGCCAGCUGCGGACAUUAUUUAACUAUUUAGGCUAUUACAUUAUAUAGGCUAUUUUGUUAAAUAAAAAAAAAGAUAUCAAUAUGUACCUACUAGAAGGUAUUAUAGAAUAAAGAUACAUAUUAUUUACCAUCCGA